AAUGUCAUUUUAAAAAUAUCAAAAUAAAAACAUUAAGUGGUAGUGAGUCUUAACAAAAUUUUGUGCUAUAAUUAUUUAUACAUUCACUAUGACUACAAAAGGCUCAUUUGAAAAUGAUUUCGAUGAUUACUCCCCAACUAAUUUAACUCCUUUACUCAAUGAAAAUAGAGAUGGAAUAUCAGAAAAAUUUCAAGCAAAGCUACAGAAUUAUAAAACGGCAAAAUUUGCGUUUUUAACAACAAAACUAGAAAAGGAAUUAUUUUGCGAUGGAACUGUGUACACCGGCUCUACGGGACUAGCAUUAUAUUAUUUAAUGUUAGGUCUCGGGAACCAUGAUUCUCUACAAGAUAAUCUGCAGAAAGCCCUGGACUAUUUAGAUCUGGAUAAAUUAAAAGGAAGGAGGAUAAGUUUUUUGUGUGGUGAUGCUGGUCCACUUGCAAUUGCAACUGUUAUUUCACACAAGUUAGGUACAAGACGGCCAAAUUAUUUGCCUGAUUACAGGGAACUAUCAGUAAGGCUGUUAAACCUUGGAUCACUUUUAAAUGACUCACCAGAUGAACUGCUGUAUGGGAAAGCAGGAUAUUUGUAUUCAUUGCUGUUUGUUAAUAAAUAUGUCCAUGGCAGAAAUGUUAUUUCCGAUGAUCAUAUUGAAAAGGUGGCUUCUUUAAUCUUGAAGUCGGGUAAAGAGUUUUCGCAGCAUACAAAAUCGGAGAGUCCACUUCUGUGGCAAUGGCAUGACAAAGUAUAUUUAGGAGCAGCUCAUGGAAUGGCCGGAAUUUUGUAUAUAUUAUUGCAGGCUCGUGCUUACAUAAAGUCCCAUGACAUCAGAGGUUUUGUUAGGCCUACCAUAGAUUGGUUAAUGAAACAACAAUUUCCUAGUGGGAAUUUCCCUUCCUCAUUACACAGUAGCUCCGGUGAUAGAUUGGUACAGUGGUGUCAUGGUGCACCAGGUUUUAUACCUUUAUGCAUAUUGGCUUAUCAGGUCUUUGAAGAAGAGAGAUAUUUAAAAAUAGCUAUUCAAUGUGGAGAUUUGAUAUGGCAGAGAGGAUUGUGUGCUAAAGGCUAUAGUUUAUGUCAUGGUGUUAGUGGCAAUGCUUAUGCAUUUCUUCAGCUGUAUCAAGUAUUAAAGAACUAUCUUUUCAGAAACCUGUCUAUCUUCACCGCGCUGGGUGCUUCAUGGAGUGGUGCGCGGUGGAGAGACAAGGCACUGAGCUACACCGACCUGAUCGGCCGGCCUCGCUCUUCGAAGGUUUACUCGGCAGAAUAUACUUGGUCGAAGACAUUAUUAACCCACAGACGGCUUUAUUCCCUGGACUAUGCUUAUAAGUUACUUCAAAUAACUAUUUAAAUUUAUCAGCAGCACUUCCCAAAAUGAUAACUAGCAAAAUUUUAAAUGACAUAUUUCAUUCAUAUAAAUUAGGCAUACAAUGAAAGAUAACAAUUAUACAUACACAUUUUUUUUUUAUUUCACAUGUCGUCUUGAGUAAUACAAAACGUUAUAAAAGUUUUGGUCAAUAAACUCCAUAAGAUCAAUGUUUAUUUUUGACAAUAAAAUAUUACAAUGACUGAAAAAAAAAAACUAUUCGAAUAACAAACUAAUAUUAUAACCUCGAAGGUCGUCAACAACAAAACAUUAACAUGUUUUUGAAAUUUAUUUUAAUGUAGUAAUAUUUAUUUAUUUAUUUUUUUGUACAUUUUAACUUAUUCUAUUUAUAUAAAAUUAAUAAAGUAGACAAUAUUGAGAUUUGGUCUGGGAUAACAUUAUAAUUAAAAGCUAUAAAAAUAAAAUGGAAUAUAUUUGUAGAAUAAACCGAAGUUGAAUAUAGAACAGAAGGUUCGUUAAGGUUUUUUGUUAAAUCUAUUAUACAUUAUCACACAAAUUAAAGAUGAUACUGGCAUUUUCUUCUCUAUGCAAUACCAUGUUAGUUUUAAUUCUGUUUUAAAAUAAAAACACUAGGAUAACCAUAACAUUGUUUUAUAUCUUUGUACAUACAUAUGUAUACUUACGUCACACCGUAACAAGUUAUAAUACUCUAAACAUAUUUCGAUGUAGCGUAUGCUGCGUUGUUUGCGUUCAAUGACAAAUUUUUUAUAGUGAUUAUCACUAUAAACGCACAUUUCAUGCUGUCGAAAAAUGUAUAUAGAAAUAUAUGAGAAACGCAUCGCAAUAUACACUACACCUUAAUCCACUAUACAUAAAUGCUGGCAGUCGUUCUGCUUAUAAAGUUAUCAUUAUGUUACAGUUCAUAUAUAGCAUCAUAGAAAUCAUUUCACGAUAACCAAUAGUGAUGUCGAAGAAUACAUAAAAUAAUACACCGUAACAUGAUCUUGUGAGUAAGUAUUAGCUUAUUUUAUUAUUCAUAUACCGUGACAUGUAUUUCCGUACAAACAUUAUAUAAUAAUGCUAUUACGUUGGUAUCUGUCUUCCUUUUAAUAUAUAUUUCAUAUGAUUUUUUUAUUUAUUCGAAAUUCUGCAAGUAAUGAGUUUAGGCUAAAACUAUCAUAACGAUUCUCAUGAGACAAUCUGGAAGACAAUACAACAAAAUAAUGCUAAAUUACUGAUGUGAAAAAAAUCAAUUAAAAUAUAUUAAUUUUAUAGUCUCAAUGUAUCUUUUAACUUAAUAAACCCUAUCUUACA